GAGUGGCACUAGGACCGGGCAGAACGCGCCGGCUGUGACUCAGAAGGAGCUUCACUGCGACCCAAACUUGUUCAAAGUUCCCCUCGUCGCGUUUGUCUCUUCAGGAGCAGCUCAGCAGAAAUAUUCAUCAGGAAUUUUAUAACACAACAAGUGGGGUUGAGUAGUGGCGUUUGUGUUGUCUUUUAUUUUAUUUAUUUAUUUAUUUUCCUGUUUGUGAUUUGGUCUUCCUGAAAAAACACCUGCGGGAUUCAGGUGACUCCCCGAUGAAGAGGGAAGUCCUCGGGCGGUGAAAAGCGGUUCCUCCGGCCAGUAUGUGUUCCAGUCGAAAUCUAUGUGGGGGCAACAACCGGCCCAGCAGAACCAGGUCCGAGUCCAGAGGAUCAGGGGCCCACUAUGCGCUGUGCGCCCUGGGAGUGGGACUGGUUGGCCUGGGGAUCGUCAUGAUCGUCUGGACUAUGAUCCCAGAAGAUAAGUCUCCAACUGGAAACAGUACUGCAGGCCCUACACAAGAUGGCCUGCAGAACGUCUCACCGAUCUCUCUGGUUCUGGUCGGAGUGGGAUUGGUCAUGCUGCUGCUGUCUGUUUGCCUCGGUCUGAAGAACCAGAGGAGAGGUCAGAGCCAAAACGUCCAGCCAGCGAGAGUAGCAAGCGGCCACGUCGCAGGAGAGGAGCAGCAGGACCCAGAGUCGUACAACGUGCCCAGCUACGACGAGGUCAUCGGCAGCGGCAACUACCCCGUCCGCCAGAGCAACCUGAGGCAGAGCAUCUCCCAGCUGCCGUCCUACGAAGACAUCCUGGCAGCUGUGGAAAACGAGGAUUCCCAGCCCGCUAACAACUCCUCAGAGAACCGCCCUCUGAACGACCAGACGCCCGCCGCUGCCCCGCCGUCCGGCAUCGUGGCGCAGCCCAGCCUGCCGACCCGCAGCGCCAGCCGGGCCAGUCGCUUACUGAAGCCCCUCAAAGUAAGACGGAUAAAGUCGGACAAACUGCACCUGAAAGACUUGCGCCUCCAGAUCCGCACCCCCACGCAGAACCCAGUGACCAUAGAGCCCAUCACGCCGCCCCCGCAGUACGAUAACGAGAUGCCUGAAUUACAGUAAUGGCUCACCCUCCUGGCUCCACAAUUGGCCUGCGGCUGAUUGAAAGCUAUGAAAAUAUCUAAUGGAGUUUGAGGACUGGCGGUGAUGUUUCUGAGAGCCUGUUUUAAGGGCUCCGUGAAGCAGGUAGAUGUGCCGGUUGGGCAGGAUGAUGAUGGAGGCAGACGCUCUCCAGAAACAAGAACACUUUCUGCUUUAUCAAUGAAGCUUCGGGUCGACUAAUCAGCUCUGUCGUCACACAUUAAUGCUUCAGAGCAAGAGUAACAGAGCAGGACAGCAUUUCAGUUUUAUUUAUUACUCACAUAAAAAGCCUUUUAACAAAAAUAUGUUGUUGCUGUAGUUCGUAAAAUGGAACGAUGUGUCGUGCAGAGGGAGAAACGGAUAAUUAUCCAGCAGACAUUUAACUCGCUUAGUUUGAGAUGCAGAAACUGUGAUGAAAAGACUCGAGGACACGGAUAACUUUUGAACCUUGUUGCUGAGAUAUUUACUUGUUUUUUAUACAUAUGUGUUUAAAUCUUAAAGCAGAUAUGUUUUAAUAUUUUAAAAUGGUGGUGAAUAAAUGUUUUCCUUUUUCGUUUCUGUUUGGUUAUGCUGUAAGCUUAUGUUGCAGAAUUUAAUAAAAGAUGGAUGGUGAUACCAUUUUUAUGCUCAA